GCGUAAUCUGGUAGCUUUGCUGACAAGUUCUCUAAUUAUCUGUAAAUUGUUUUUGUUUUGUAUUGUAGCGGGACGUGUCAGCAGAUCUUUACAAAAGCAACAUGACAAAUCAGUUUAAUGGAUCAUGGAAACUGGAUAGAAGUGAAAACUUUGACGCGUUCCUCGCAGCAAAUGGAGCACCAUGGUUUGCAAGAAAGAUGGCUGCAAUGGCUAGCCCUGUAACAACAAUAGUCCAAGAUGGUGAUAAAUUUGAAAUAACGAUUGUGACAACUAUGUGGAGUCAGACAGAUACUUUCACUGUUGGUGAACCAUAUGAAAAGGAACAUCAUAAAAGUGGGAAAAAACAAAAGUGCCUUGCCAGCUGGGAAGGGGAUACCUUGGUGCUGAAGAUGGAUACAGUGGGAGAUGAGAGUGAUUCACAGCUAAUUUCAAGACGUAUUGAAAAUGAUGAAAUGAUACAGGAGAUGACAAUGGUUGCCAAGGGAGUAACAUGUACCAGGAUAUUCAAGAAGCAAAGCUAAUGAAAAGGGGAAUAUAAAUGGAAUAAUACAGCAUGCAAAAUGCACAGAAUACAAGAAAACAUAAGUUACAUGGAUAACAAAUUGGAAUUAUGAAAAACAAUACUGAAUAAAAAGAGGAUAUCCUAUGAUUUAUUGUGAUAUGAUUUUUAUCCACUAAUGGAUAUAAUAUUGGUAUCUGCAUGACCAAGUGCAUUUUAAGAAACAAUACU